AUGUUAUCUGGAUACGCAUCCACCAACACAGCAGGCAGCACGGAGUCUUCCACUAGCGAGACUACCACUGCUGGCCUGAAUACUACCGGUGCACAGAGUAGUACUACGCUUGAAGCAAGUAUUACGAGCACUACUGAAACCACAAACACAACAGCUACAGAAGCCAUAACAACAACCACUGAAACUACUACAAAUGAGGUUACCACAUCCACCUCUACACCCACUUCAACUAAUGUGCCAGACGCAACCACCACCAGAGAGGGUAGCACAGAGUCGUCCACUAGCAAGACGACCAUUGAUAGCAAGACAACAACUGCUGAACAAAGAAGUACUGCAACUGAAGCAAGUACCACAAACACUACUGAGGCCACAAGCCCAACAGAUGCAGUCGCCACAACAACAACAGCUGAAAUUGCUACAAGUGAGUCUAGCACAUUCACCACUGGACUCACUUCUUCAACUUCUGUGCAAGGCGCAACCACCAACACAGCAGGCAGUACAGAGUCGUCAACAAGUAAGACUACCACUGCUGGCGUGAACACUACCGGUGCACAAAGCAGUACCUCGAUUAAAGCAAGUAUUACGACCGCUAUUGAAACCACAAAUACAACAGAUGGACUAACUUCAACUAAUGUGCCAGACGCAUCCACCACCACAGAGGAUAGUACGGAGUUGUCCACUAGCGAGACUACCAUUGCUGGCAAGACAACAACUGCUGAACAAAGCAGUACUGCAACUAAAGCAAACGCAACCACCAACACAUCAGUCAGCACAGAGUCGUCCACUGGUGACACUACCAUUGCUGGCCUGAAUACAACCGGUGCACAAAGCAGUACCGGAACUGAAGCAAGUAUUACGAUUGCUACUGAGGCCACAAAUACAACAGCUACAGAAGCCACAACAACAACCACUGAAACUACUACAAGUGAGGCUAGCACAUACACAUCUACCUCUGUAUUCACUUCAACUAAUGUGCCAGUCGCAACAACCACCACAGAGGGUAGAACGGAAUCGCCAACUAGCGAGACUACCAUUGCUGGCAAGACAACAACUGCUGAACAAAGUAGUACUGCAACUGAAGCAAACGCAACCACCACCACAGACGGUAGCACAGCGUCGUCCACUAGCGAGACUACCAUUGAUGGCAAGACAACAACUGCUGAACAAAGCAGUACUGCAGCUGAAGCAAGUACCACGAACACUACUGAGGCCACAAGCCUAACACUUACAGUCUCCAAAACAACAACAGCUGAAAUUGCUACAAGUGAGGCUAGCACAUUCACCACUGGACUUACUUCUUUAUCUUCGGUGCCAGGCGCAACCACCAACACAGCAGGCGGCACAGAGUCGUCCACUGGUGAGACUACCACUGAUGGCGUGAACACUAUCGGUGCACAAAGCAGUACUACGAUUGAAGCAAGUAUUACGACCGCUAGUGAAACCAAAAAUACAACAGCUACAGAAGCCACAACAACAACCACUGAAACUACAAUAACUGAGGCUAGCACAUCCGUCUCUGGACUCACGUCAACUAAUCCGCCAGUCGCAUCCACCACCAGAGAGGGUAGCACGGAGUCUUCCACUAGCGAGACUACCAUUGCUGGCAAGACAACAACUGCUGAACAAAGCAGCACAAACACCCACACAGCAGGCAGCACAGAGUCGUUCACUGGUGAGACUACCACUGCUGGCGUGAACACUACCGGUGCACAAAGCAGUACUACGAUUGAAGCAAGUAUUACGACCGCUAGUGAAACCACAAAUACAACAGAUACAGAAGCCACAACAACAACCGCUGAAACUACAAUAACUGACGCUAGCACAUCCGUCUCUGGACUCACUUCAACUAAUGUGCCAGACGCAUCCACCACCACAGAGGGUAGCACGGAGUUGUCCACUAACGCAACCACCAACACAGCAGGCAACACAGAGUCGUCCACUGGUGGGAUUACCACUGCUGGCCUGAAUACUACUGGUGCACAAAGCAGUACCGCAACUGAAGCAAGUACCACGAGCAGUACUGAAACCACAAACACAACAGCUACAGAAGCCACAACAACAACCACUCAAACUACUACAAAUGAGGCUAGCACAUCCACCUCUGGACUCACUUCAACUAAUGUGCCAGACGAAACCACCACCACAGAGGGUAGCACAGAGUCGUCCACAAGCAAGACUACCAUUGAUGGCAAGACAACAACUGCUGAACAAAGCAGUACUGAAACUGAAGCAAGUACCACGAACACUACUGAGGCCACAAGCCAAACAGAUGCAGUCGCCACAACAACAACAGCUGAAAUUGCUACAAGUGAGGCUAGCACAUUCACCACUGGACUUACUUCUUUAACUUCUGUGCCAGGCGCAACCACCAACACAGCAGGCGGUACAGAGUCGUCCACUGGUGAGACUACCACUGAUGGCGUGAACACUAUCGGUGCACAAAGCAGUACUACGAUUGAAGCAAGUAUUACGACCGCUAGUGAAACCAAAAAUACAACAGCUACAGAAGCCACAACAACAACCGCUGAAACUACUACAACUGAGGCUAGCACAUCCGUCUCUGGACUCACGUCAGCUUAUCUGCCAGUCGCAUCCACCACCACAGAGGGUAGCACAGAGUCUUCCACUAGCGAGACUACCAUUACUGGCAAGACAACAACUGCUGAACAAAGCAGUACUGCAACUGAAGCAAGCACAAACACCCACACAGCAGGCAGCACAGAGUCGUUCACUGGUGAGACUACCACUGCUGGCGUGAACACUACCGGUGCACAAAGCAGUACUACGAUUGAAGCAAGUAUUACGACCGCUAGUGAAACCACAAAUACAACAGAUACAGAAGCCACAACAACAACCGCUGAAACUACAAUAACUGAGGCUAGCACAUCCGUCUCUGGACUCACUUCAACUAAUGUGCCAGACGCAUCAACCACCACAGAGGGUAGCACGGAGUUGUCCACUAGUGAGACUACCAUUACUGGCAAGACAACAACUGCUGAACAAAGCAGUACUGCAACUGAAGCAAGUACCACACACACUACUGAGGCCACAAGCCCAACACCUACAGUCUCCAAAACAACAACAGCUGAAAUUGCUACCAGUGAGUCUAGCACAUUCACCACUGGACUCACUUCUUCAACUCCUGUGCCAAACGCAUCCACCAAUACAGCAGGCAGCACAGAGUCGUCCACUGGUAAGAUUACCACUACUGGCCUGAAUACUACCGAUGCACAAAACAGUACCGCAACUGAAGCAAGUAUUACGAGUACUACUGAAGUCACAAACACAACAGCUACAGAAGCCACAACAACAACCGCUGAAACUACUACAAGUGAGGCUAGCACAUCCACCUCUGUACUAACUUCAACUAAUGUGCCAGUCACAACCACCACCACAGAGGCUAGCACAAAGUCAUCCACUAGCGAAACUACCAUUGAUGGCAAGACAACAACUGCUGAACAAAGCAGUACUGCAACUGAAGCAAGUACCACGAACACUACUAAACCCACAGGCCCAACACAUGCAGUCGCCACAACAACAACAGCUGAAAUUGCUACAAGUGAGGCUAGCACAUUCACCUCUGGGCUCACUUCUUCAACUUCUGUGCCAUACGCAACCACCACCACAGCAGGCAGCACGGAGUCGUCCACUGCUGAGACUACCAUUGCUGGCCUGAAUACUACCGGUGCACAAAGCAGUACUACGCUUGAAGCAAGUAUUACAAACGCUACUGAGGCCACAAAUACAACAGCUAAAGAAGCCACAACAACAACCACAAAAACCACUACAAAUGAGGCUAGCACAUCCACAUCAACCUCUGUACUCACUUCAACUAAUGUGCCAGUCGCAUCCACCACCACAGAGGGUAGCACGGAGUCGCCCACUAGCGAGACUACCAUUGAUGGCAAGACAACAACUGCUGAACAAAGCAAUACUGCAACUGAAGCAAGUACCACGAACACUACUGAGGCCACAAGCACAACACCUACAGUCUCCAAAACAACAACAGCUAAAAGUUCUUCAAGUGAGGCUAGCACAGUCACCACUGGACUCACGUCUUCAACUUCUGUGCCAGACGCAAUCACCAACACAGCAGGCAGCACAGAGUCGUCCACUGGUGAGACUACCACUGCUGGCCUGAAUACUACCGGUGCACAAAGCAGUACUACGCUUGAAGCACGUAUUACGAGCACUACUGAAACCACAAACACAACAGCUACAGAAGCCACAACAACAACCACUGAAACUACUACAAAAGAGGGUAUCACACCAUCCUCUGUACUAACUUCAACUAAUGUGCCAGACGCAACCACCACGACAGAAGGUAGCACAGAGUCGUCCACUAGCAAGACUACCAUUGAUGGCAAGACAACUGCUGAACAAAGCAGUACUGCAACUGAAGCAAGUAUCACGAACACUACUGAGGCCACAAGCCAAACAGAUGCAGUCGCCACAACAACAACAGCUGAAAUUGCUACAAGUGAGGCUAGCACAUUCACCACUGGACUAACUUCUUCAACUUCUGUGCCAGGUGCAACCACCAACACAGCAGGCAGCACAGAGUCGUUCACUGGUGAGACUACCACUACUGGCGUGAACACUACCAGUGCACAAAGCAGUACUACGAUUGAAGCAAGUAUUACGACCGCUAGUGAAAUCACAAAUACAACAGAUAUAGAAGCCACAACAACAACCGCUGAAGCUACAAUAACUGAGGCUAGCACAUCCGUCUCUGGACUCACGUCAACUAAUGUGCCAGACGCAUCCACCACCACAGAGGGUGGCACAGAGUCGUCCACUAGCGAGACUACCAUUACUGGCAAGACAACAACUGCUGAACAAAGCAGUACUGCAACUGAAGCAAGCACAAACACCCACACAGCAGGCAGCACAGAGUCGUUCACUGGUGAGACUACCACUGCUGGCGUGAACACUACCGGUGCACAAAGCAGUACUACGAUUGAAGCAAGUAUUACGACCGCUAGUGAAACCACAAAUACAACAGAUACAGAAGCCACAACAACAACCGCUGAAACUACAAUAACUGAGGCUAGCACAUCCGUCUCUGGACUCACUUCAACUAAUGUGCCAGACACAUCCACCACCACAGAGGGUAGCUCGGAGUUGUCCACUAGCGAGACUACCAUUACUGGCAAGACAACAACUGCUGAACAAAGCAGUUCUGCAACUGAAGCAAGCACAAACACCCACACAGCAGGCAGCACAGAGUCGUUCACUGGUGAGACUACCACUGCUGGCGUGAACACUACCGGUGCACAAAGCAGUACUACGAUUGAAGCAAGUAUUACGACCGCUAGUGAAACCACAAAUACAACAGAUACAGAGGCCACAACAACAACCGCUGAAACUACAAUAACUGAGGCUAGCACAUCCACAACAACUGCUGAACAAAGCAGUACUGCAACUGAAGCAAGUAUCACGAACACUACUGAGGCCACAAGCCAAACAGAUGCAGUCGCCACAACAACAACAGCUGAAAUUGCUACAAGUGAGGCUAGCACAUUCACCACUGGACUAACUUCUUCAACUUCUGUGCCAGGUGCAACCACCAACACAACAGGCAGCACAGAGUCGUUCACUGGUAAGACUACCACUACUGGCGUGAACACUACCAGUGUACAAAGCAGUACUUCGAUUGAAGCAAGUAUUACGACCGCUAGUGAAAUCACAAAUACAACAGAUACAGAAGCCACAACAACAACCGCUGAAACUACAAUAACUGACGCUAGCACAUCCGUCUCUGGACUCACUUCAACUAAUGUGCCAGACGCAUCCACCACCACAGAGGGUGGCACGGAGUCGUCCACUAGCGAGACUACCAUUACUGUCAAGACAACAACUGCUGAACAAAGCAGUACUGCAACUGAAGCAAGCUCAAACACCCACACAGCAGGCAGCACAGAGUCGUUCACUGGUGAGACUACCACUGCUGGCGUGAACACUACCGGUGCACAAAGCAGUACUACGAUUGAAGCAAGUAUUACGAGCACUACUGAAACCACAAACACAACAGAUACAGAAGCCACAACAACAACCACUGAAACUACUACAAAAGAGGUUAUCACACCAUCCUCUGGACUCACUUCAACUAAUGUGCCAGACGCAACCACCACCACAGAAGGUAGCACAGAGUCGUCCACUAGCAAGACUACCAUUGAUGGCAAGACAACAACUGCUGAACAAAGCAGUACUGCAACUGAAGCAAGUAUCACGAACAAUACUGAGGCUACAAGCCAAACAGAUGCAGUCGCCACAACAACAACAGCUGAAAUUGCUACAAGUGAGGCUAGCACAUUCACCACUGGACUAACUUCUUCAACUUCUGUGCCAGGUGCAACCACCAACACAGCAGGCAGCACAGAGUCAUUCACUGGUAAGACUACCACUACUGGCGUGAACACUACCAGUGCACAAAGCAGUACUUCGAUUGAAGCAAGUAUUACGACCGCUAGUGAAAUCACAAAUACAACAGAUACAGAAGCCACAACAACAACCGCUGAAACUACAAUAACUGAGGCUAGCACAUCCGUCUCUGGACUCACUUCAACUAAUGUGCCAGACGCAUCCACCACCACAGAGGGUGGCACGGAGUCGUCCACUAGCGAGACUACCAUUACUGGCAAGACAACAACUGCUGAACAAAGCAGCACAAACACCCACACAGCAGGCAGCACGGAGUCGUUCACUGGUGAGACUACCACUGCUGGCGUGAACACUACCGGUGCACAAAGCAGUACUACGAUUGAAGCAAGUAUUACGACCGCUAGUGAAACCACAAAUACAACAGAUACAGAAGCCACAACAACAACCGCUGAAACUACAAUAACUGAGGCUAGCACAUCCGUCUCUGGACUCACUUCAACUAAUGUGCCAGACGCAUCCACCACCACAGAGGGCAGCACGGAGUUGUCCACUAGUGAGACUACCAUUACUGGCAAGACAACAACUGCUGAACAAAGCAGUACUGCAACUGAAGCAAAUCUGCUAGACACUACCACCACCACAAUAGGCAACACUGAGUCCUCUACCAGCGAGACUACUACUGCUGGCAUGCACCCUACCAAUGUACAAAGCACUACCGCAACUGAAGCAACUACAACGAGCGCUACUGAGGCCACAAGCCCAACACCUUCAGACUCCAAAACAACAACAGCUGAAAUUGCUACAAGUGAGGCUAGCACAUUCACCACUGGACUAACUUCUUCAACUUCUGUGCCAGGUGCAACCACCAACACAGCAGGCAGCACAGAGUCAUUCACUGGUAAGACUACCACUACUGGCGUGAACACUACCAGUGCACAAAGCAGUACUUCGAUUGAAGCAAGUAUUACGACCGCUAGUGAAAUCACAAAUACAACAGAUACAGAAGCCACAACAACAACCGCUGAAACUACAAUAACUGAGGCUAGCACAUCCGUCUCUGGACUCACUUCAACUAAUGUGCCAGACGCAUCCACCACCACAGAGGGUGGCACGGAGUCGUCCACUAGCGAGACUACCAUUACUGGCAAGACAACAACUGCUGAACAAAGCAGUACUGCAACUGAAGCAAGCUCAAACACCCACACAGCAGGCAGCACAGAGUCGUUCACUGGUGAGACUACCACUGCUGGCGUGAACACUACCGGUGCACAAAGCAGUACUACGAUUGAAGCAAGUAUUACGACCGCUAGUGAAACCACAAAUACAACAGAUACAGACGCCACAACAACAACCGCUGAAACUACAAUAACAGACGCUAGCACAUCCGUCUCUGGACUCACUUCAACUAAUGUGCCAGACGCAUCCACCACCACAGAGGGUAGCACGGAGUUGUCCACUAGUGAGACUACCAUUACUGAUCUGCUAGACACUACCACCACCACAAUAGGCAACACUGAGUCCUCUACCAGCGAGACUACUACUGCUGGCAUGCACCCUACUAAUGUACAAAGCACUACCGCAACUGGAGCAACUACAACGAGCGCUACUGAGGCCACAAGCCCAACACCUUCAGUCUCCAAAACAACAACAGCUGAAAUUGCUACCAGUGAGGCUAGCACAUUCACCACUGGACUAACUUCUUCAACUCCUGUGCCAGACGCAUCCACCAACACAGCAGGCAGCACAGAGUCGUCCACUGGUGAGAUUACCACUACUGGCCUGAAUACUACCGAUGCACAAAGCAGUACCACAACUGACGCAAGUAUUAUGAGUACUACUGAAGUCACAAACACAACAGCUACAGAAGCCACAACAACAACCGCUGAAACUACUACAAGUGAGGCUAGCACAUCCACUUCUGUACUAACUUCAACUAAUGUGCCAGUCACAACCACCACCACAGAGGGUAGCACGGAGUCGUCCACUAGCGAGACUACCAUUGCUGGCAAGACAACAACUGCUGAACAAAGCCGUACUGCAACUGAAGCAAGUACCACGAACACUACUGAACCCACAAGCCCAACAGAUGCAGUCGCCACAACAACAACAGCUGAAAUUGCUACAAGUGAGGCUAGCACAUUCACCUUUGGGCUCACUUCUUCAACUUCUGUGCCAGACGCAUCCACCAACACAGCAGGCAGCACAGAGUCGUCCACUGCUACAGAAGCCACAACAACAACAGCUGAAAUUGCUACAAGUGAGGCUAGCACAUUCACCUCUGGGCUCACUUCUUCAACUUCUGUGCUAGACACAACCACCAACACAGCAGGCAGCACAGAGUCGUCCACUGCUAUAGAAGCCACAACAACAACCGCUGAAACUACUACAAGUGAGGCUAGCACAUCCACAUCCACCUCUGUAUUCACUUCAACUAAUGUGCUAGUCGCAACCACCACCACAGAGGGUAGCACGGAGUCGCCCACUAGCGAGACUACCAUUGCUGGCAAGACAACAACUGCUGAACAAAGCAGUACUGCAACUGAAGCAAGUACCACACACACUACUGAGGCCACAAGCCCAACACCUACAGUCUCCAAAACAACAACAGCUAAAAGUUCUUCAAGUGAGGCUAGCACAUUCACCAAUGGACUCACGUCUUCAACUUCUGUGCCAGACGCAACCACCAACACAGCGUGCAGCACAGAGUCGUCCACUAGUGAGACUACCACUGCUGGCCUGAAUACUACCGGUGCCAAAAGCAGUACCGCAACUGAAGCAAGUAUUACGAGCACUACUGAAACCACAAACACAACAGAUACAGAAGCCACAACAACAACAACUGAAACUACUACAAAUGAGGUUAGCACAUCCACCUCUGGACUCACUUCAACUAAUGUGCCAGACUCAACCACCACCAGAGAGGGUAGCACAGAGUCAUCCACUAGCAAGACUACCAUUGCUGGCAAGACAACAACUGCUGAACAAAGCAGUACUGCAACUGAAGCAAGUACCCCGAACACUACUGAGGCCACAGGCCCAACAGAUGCAGUCGCCACAACAACAACAGCUGAAAUUGCUACAAGUGAGGCUAGCACAUUCACCACUGGACUUACUUCUUCAACUUCUGUGCCAGGCGCAACCACUCACACAGCAGGCAGCACAGAGUCGUUCACUGGUGAGACUACCACUGCUGGCGUGAACACUACCGGUGCACAAAGCAGUACUACGAUUGAAGCAAGUAUUACGACCGCUAGUGAAACCACAAAUACAACAGAUACAGAAGCCACAACAACAACCGCUGAAACUACAAUAACUAAUGCUAGCACAUCCGUCUCUGGACUCACUUCAACUUAUGUUCCAGACGCAUCCACCACCACAGAGGGUAGCACGGAGUUGUCCACUAGCGAGACUACCAUUACUGGCAAGACAACAACUGCUGAACAAAGCAGUACUGCAACUAAAGCAAAUCUGCUAGACACUACCACCACCACAAUAGGCAACACUGAGUCCUCUACCAGCGAGACUACUGCUGCUGUCAUGCACCCUACCAAUGUACAAAGCACUACCGCAACUGAAGCAACUACAACGAGCGCUACUGAGGCCACAAGCCCAACACCUUCAGUCUCCAAAACAACAACAGCUGAAAUUGCUACAAGUGAGGCUAGCACAUUCACCACUGGACUAACUUCUUCAACUUCUGUGCCAGGUGCAACCACCAACACAGCAGGCAGCACAGAGUCAUUCACUGGUAAGACUACCACUACUGGCGUGAACACUACCAGUGCACAAAGCAGUACUUCGAUUGAAGCAAGUAUUACGACCGCUAGUGAAAUCACAAAUACAACAGAUACAGAAGUCACAACAACAACCGCUGAAACUACAAUAACUGAGGCUAGCACAUCCGUCUCUGGACUCACUUCAACUAAUGUGCCAGACGCAUCCACCACCACAGAGGGUGGCACGGAGUCGUCCACUAGCGAGACUACCAUUACUGGCAAGACAACAACUGCUGAACAAAGCAGUACUGCAACUGAAGCAAGCACAAACACCCACACAGCAGGCAGCACAGAGUCGUUCACUGGUGAGACUACCACUGCUGGCGUGAACACUACCGGUGCACAAAGCAGUACUACGAUUGAAGCAAGUAUUACGACCGCUAGUGAAACCACAAAUACAACAGAUACAGAAGCCACAACAACAACCGCUGAAACUACAAUAACAGACGCUAGCACAUCCGUCUCUGGACUCACUUCAACUAAUGUGCCAGACGCAUCCACCACCACAGAGGGUAGCACGGAGUUGUCCACUAGUGAGACUACCAUUACUGGCAAGACAACAACUGCUGAACAAAGCAGUACUGCAACUGAAGCAAAUCUGCUAGACACUACCACCACCACAAUAGGCAACACUGAGUCCUCUACCAGCGAGACUACUACUGCUGGCAUGCACCCUACUAAUGUACAAAGCACUACCGCAACUGGAGCAACUACAACGAGCGCUACUGAGGCCACAAGCCCAACACCUUCAGUCUCCAAAACAACAACAGCUGAAAUUGCUACCAGUGAGGCUAGCACAUUCACCACUGGACUAACUUCUUCAACUCCUGUGCCAGACGCAUCCACCAAUACAGCAGGCAGCACAGAGUCGUCCACUGGUGAGAUUACCACUACUGGCCUGAAUACUACCGAUGCACAAAGCAGUACCACAACUGACGCAAGUAUUAUGAGUACUACUGAAGUCACAAACACAACAGCUACAGAAGCCACAACAACAACCGCUGAAACUACUACAAGUGAGGCUAGCACAUCCACUUCUGUACUAACUUCAACUAAUGUGCCAGUCACAACCACCACCACAGAGGGUAGCACAGAGUCGUCCACUAGCGAGACUACCAUUGCUGGCAAGACAACAACUGCUGAACAAAGCCGUACUGCAACUGAAGCAAGUACCACGAACACUACUGAACCAACAAGCCCAACAGAUGCAGUCGCCACAACAACAACAGCUGAAAUUGCUACAAGUGAGGCUAGCACAUUCACCUUUGGGCUCACUUCUUCAACUUCUGUGCCAGACGCAUCCACCAACACAGCAGGCAGCACAGAGUCGUCCACUGCUACAGAAGCCACAACAACAACAGCUGAAAUUGCUACAAGUGAGGCUAGCACAUUCACCUCUGGGCUCACUUCUUCAACUUCUGUGCCAGACACAACCACCAACACAGCAGGCAGCACAGAGUCGUCCACUGGUGAGACUACCACUGCUGGCCUGAAUACUACCGGUGCACAAAGCAGUACUACGCUUGAAGCAAGUAUUACGAACGCUACUGAGGCCACAAAAACAACAGCUAUAGAAGCCACAACAACAACCGCUGAAACUACUACAAGUGAGGCUAGCACAUCCACAUCCACCUCUGUAUUCACUUCAACUAAUGUGCUAGUCGCAACCACCACCACAGAGGGUAGCACGGAGUCGCCCACUAGCGAGACUACCAUUGCUGGCAAGACAACAACUGCUGAACAAAGCAGUACUGCAACUGAAGCAAGUACCACACACACUACUGAGGCCACAAGCCCAACACCUACAGUCUCCAAAACAACAACAGCUAAAAGUUCUUCAAGUGAGGCUAGCACAUUCACCAAUGGACUCACGUCUUCAACUUCUGUGCCAGACGCAACCACCAACACAGCAAGCAGCACAGAGUCGUCCACUAGUGAGACUACCACUGCUGGCCUGAAUACUACCGGUGCCAAAAGCAGUACCGCAACUGAAGCAAGUAUUACGAGCACUACUGAAACCACAAACACAACAGAUACAGAAGCCACAACAACAACAACUGAAACUACUACAAAUGAGGUUAGCACAUCCACCUCUGGACUCACUUCAACUAAUGUGCCAGACUCAACCACCACCAGAGAGGGUAGCACAGAGUCAUCCACUAGCAAGACUACCAUUGCUGGCAAGACAACAACUGCUGAACAAAGCAGUACUGCAACUGAAGCAAGUACCCCGAACACUACUGAGGCCACAGGCCCAACAGAUGCAGUCGCCACAACAACAACAGCUGAAAUUGCUACAAGUGAGGCUAGCACAUUCACCACUGGACUUACUUCUUCAACUUCUGUGCCAGGCGCAACCACCCACACAGCAGGCAGCACAGAGUCGUUCACUGGUGAGACUACCACUGCUGGCGUGAACACUACCGGUGCACAAAGCAGUACUACGAUUGAAGCAAGUAUUACGACCGCUAGUGAAACCACAAAUACAACAGAUACAGAAGCCACAACAACAACCGCUGAAACUACAAUAACUAAUGCUAGCACAUCCGUCUCUGGACUCACUUCAACUAAUGUUCCAGACGCAUCCACCACCACAGAGGGUAGCACGGAGUUGUCCACUAGCGAGACUACCAUUACUGGCAAGACAACAACUGCUGAACAAAGCAGUACUGCAACUAAAGCAAAUCUGCUAGACGCUACCACCACCACAAUAGGCAACACUGAGUCCUCUACCAGCGAGACUACUGCUGCUGUCAUGCACCCUACCAAUGUACAAAGUACUACCGCAACUGAAGCAACUACAACGAGCGCUACUGAGGCCACAAGCCCAACACCUACAGUCUCCAAAACAACAACAGCUGAAAUUGCUACAAGUGAGGCUAUCACAUUCACCACUGGACUCACGUCUUCAACGUCUGUGCCAGACGCAACCACCAACAGAACAGGCAGCCCAGAGUUGUCCACUGGUGAGACUAUCACUGCUGGCCUGAAUACUACCGGUGCACAAAGCAGUACUACGAUUAAAGCAAGUAUUACGAGCGCUACUGAAGCCACAAAUACAACAGCUACAGAAGAUACAACAACAACCGCUGAAACUACUACAAGUGAGGCUAGCACAUCCACCUCUGUACUCACCUCAACUUCUGUGCCAGACGCAACCACCACCACAGAAGGUAGCACAAAGUCGUCCACUAGCGAGACUUCCACUGCUGGCAAGACAAUCACUGGUGAACAAAGCAGUACUGCAACUGAACCAAGUACCACAAACACAACUGAGGCCACUAACCGAACAAAAGCAGUCACCACAACAACAGCUGAAACUACUACAAUUGAGGCUAGCACAUCCGCCUCUGGAAUCACCUCUUCAACUUCUGAGCCAGACGCAACCACAUUCACACCAGACAGCACAGAGUCGUCCACGAGUGAAACUACUACUGCAGGCAUAGACACUACCGAUGUACAAAGCACUGCCGCAACUAAAGCAACUACAACGAGCACUAGUGAAGCCACAAGCACAACACCUGCAGUCGCAACAACAACAACAGCUGAAAUUGCUACAAAUGAGCCUAGCACAUUCACCACUGGACUCACUUCUUCAACUUCUAUGCAACCACCACAAAAGAAGGUAGCAUGGAGUCGUCCAUUACCGAGACAACCACUACUGAUCUGA